UGAGUCACCAGCUCCCUUUCGGCAUCAUCGAAUUGUUGUAUAACCUGGCACUAGUUCCAGAAACUUGGCAGUUUCUAGACGACAAUUCGCAUCACUGCAGCAUCAAAGGACAAUGGAUCUUCCUGUCGGCCCUCCCGUCCCCUCCGGCCCGGCAACAUCGCCGGCGCGUACCCCGCUCCUCGGGCGAUACACGGCGCUUGUCCCGCUCGAGACAUCGCACUCGGAAAUCCUCUUCAAGCAUCUCGGAGGCGAAGAGAAUGCCCAUCUUUGGACGUACCUGUUCCAUGAGCCGUUUCUCGACUACGAGAAGUUCAAGGCCACCAUCGACGAAUGGAGAGUCUCCGCGGACCCCCUGUUCUUCGCCGUCUUGUCCGGCCCCGCGUCGGACCCGGCAUCCGAGCCGGUGGGGAUCAUGUCGUACUUGUCCAUCGUGCCGGACCACAGGCGAAUCGAGAUCGGUUUCAUCGUCUUUGGCGAGCAGCUCAAGCAGACGCGGGCUUCGACCGAGGCGCAGUACCUCCUGAUGAAGAAUGCCUUUGAAGAAUUGGGCAAUUUUCGGCUGGAGUGGAAGGCCAACCACCUCAACAAGGCAAGCCGGGCGGCGGCCGAGCGUCUGGGCUACGUGUUUGAGGGUGUCUUCAGAAAACACCUGGUCAUCAAGGGCAGACGCAGAGAUACGGUCUGGCUCAGCAUUACCGAUGAGGAGUGGCCGACUGUCAAGGGCGGGCUCGAGGCUUGGUUGAGCGCGGACAACUUUGACGAGAACGGCAAACAGCGAAAGGGGUUGAAACAAUGCAGGGAGGCAUUUGAGGCGGGAGGCAAGUCAUAACUGGAAAUGUCGUCGACUUGAAGAAGAGGCGAUCGUUUGGUGGGAGUCAUAUUUAGAAGGGAUUUGGCAGCUCGCGCGUCACCCGGCCGAGGUCUUUGGUUGUGAAGAUGCAUGUGAGACGUAAACUGAACUACCAAGCCAAUGCAAACAUAC